AUAACUUUCUCCUUGUUUUUCUCUCCGCUCUAUGAUGUUGACUCCAUCCUUCCCGAAAGCAAAUCCCCCUAGGAUUCCCCAAGGUCAUAUCCCGCAUGGAUACCCCAAGUUCAUACACGCGCCGACUAGAUGCCUCGUCUCUCUUUUGCCGCAAAUUGGCCGCCGCCGCUGCAGGUAGCCAUGGCACAAGACAAGUCAUGGAGCACCCAUUACCGCUGCAAAGGAAUUGCAGCCUAAGGUCAGUGCUCCUUGAAUAACCCACUUCCCCUCACUACAACCUGACUUUGCAUGGUUUUGCAACAACCCGCACCAUGAGCUGCAGAUGCCCGCACGAGAAGUGGCAUCGGCGGUAAGAGAAGUUACGACCCGUCGCCCACAUGCUUGAACUAGCCACCACCGAGUAGGAACAAUAUGUAGUAAAGAAACCACGACCUCAGGAGCUCGUGUUGGUAUGGUUUACUACAUUAGUGUAGUAAUUUGGCUAAAUUUGUUAGCGUAAUAAACUAAACUAAAAAUCCAAUUUUGAAGCUCCUACAAAUUAUCAUUUACAAUCUGACAAAAUAAUCACCUGAAAAAUAAUACAUGUUUUAAAAUUAUUUUUCCAUCCUUUGCUAGAAGAAACAUUUUUUAAGUUGGUUAACAUUACUGCAAUGUAGAGCAAAGAGUUUUUAAUCUAGUUUACUAUAUGAUACAUACAUUUAGAGGCAAAAGGCGUUAGUGGGCGUGGUUUACAUCUUGCCAUAUGAGUCCAAGAUAUGCACUUAGUCCCAUAUGAUAUCUAGAUGUUGUGGCAUGCAUUUAAGAAACUAUAUAUCUGUUUAUCAAUUGUUAUGUUCAUAGUGCUAUUCAGUAUAGUGGCCAUAUCUAGAAAAUUGCACAACAAAUUAAUGUGCAUAUCAUGCAGAAAAUCUUGAAAUUAUUUGGAGGGAGAGGGGUGCAAGAUUGUGGCGUCAAAAUUGUUAAAUUAAUGGGUUAUUAAAUGUGUAUAUGUGAACCUAUGUAGAUACGAAUAUAUUUUAAUGGAGUGUGUAUUAGUUGGUUCCAAUGGGCCCAUUGGAUAUCAAUGGAGUUGUUUCAUGUGUUGUAUGCAGGAUGUGUGAUCACCAACAUUAAGAGAAAAGAUAUGCUUACAUUCACUGGUAAAUAGUGGAUCAUAUGUGUAGCGUAGAUAUAUAGUGGAUGAUAUUAAUAAAUUAUUUGCAAGUACAUACAAAACAAAACAUCGUUGACAUAUGUACGUACGCAACAAAAUGCCAUUUAUAUAUGGGCCACCGAUAACCAAACCAGAUGAAAAUCCUGUGUGCUAUGCAUAUGUGUAGGCGGCGUAGAUCAUGGUUUCAGUCUUACACUCUACGAGAGAGGAGCACAUAUGUCAUGCAUGCACAAGACACGUGUGUGUUCUUUGGCAAGAUUGAAAUUUAUCAACACUCAACAUGCCUGUGUGUGUUGUCUCUAGCAAUCUGCAUGUCUAGAAAUGCAUACGUGCCAAACCACAAAAAUCUCAAAUAAAUGAUGAAAUAUUGAGGUCAACUUGACAUGUUUCGGCGUGUUCCUAUGAGGUUCAUAAGCAGUUUAUCUGUUUUAGUUAAAUCUAUAUUUGUGUGGACCGACAAUCUACCAAUAUAUCAAAUUAAUUAGUUAAAAUAUGUUUGGUACCUGGAAGGGCUAUAAAUACACUAUCUUGCUCCUUACUCUCCGUCCCGAGCUCUAAGCAUUAUUCAUAGUUCAUACUACCCACAAGCCAAUAGUUUUCACCUAUUUAGUCUCAUGGAUCCAUUCGUCAACCAAGGGUGGACCUCCUCGGAGGAAGAGGAGGCAAGGUCACUCAUUGCUGAACACAACAGCCACGGAAUCAUGAACGAUGAGAACAAUAACAGGCACAACAACAUUGUGGAUGCUAUCCAUGAAUUAUUCCCUUCAAAGACAAGGCAGCAGGUAACAAAUCUUUAUAUCAAUCUCGAAGUGGAAUCGUAUAUGAUGAAUUCGAGGGAGGAGAGUUAUGUUGGUGGCAACACACAAAGCGUUUGCCCCAAUAACCUAGUUAACAAUAACUUUGGGAUGUCGGGUGAGGGGAGUGGUACUAGCAACAUAUGUGGCAUCAAUACCAUGGGUGACCAUGUGAUUGGCGGCUAUGGGGUACGAGAGGAGGAGGCAGCAACUAUCGAUCGGGAUGGAUUGAUAUUUGGUCGUUCAUUGGAGGAUGCAAGGAUCGCACAGACGAAUGAAUCCAUGUUGAUUAUGGACAAAAACAAGAUGCAGGUGUUGGAGAACAAUGUUCCUAGUGAUCAAACAGUUGUUCCCCCACGACAAAGGAGGUUUUGGACCAUCGAUGAACACAAGAUGUUUCUCCGUGGGUUGCGUGUCUACGGCCGUGGCGACUGGAAAAACAUAUCCAAGCAUUUUGUCACUACUAAAACUCAUAUCCAAGUCUCAAGCCAUGCACAAAAGUACUUCAAGAGGAUAAAUAAAAGGGCAUCGUUCGGGACACAACGUUAUAGCAUUAAUGAUGUUGGACUAGAUGAUGAUGACCUAUGGGCGGUGAAUAAUAGUUCUAGUCCCUCGCAAAUGAUGGGUUUCAAUGGGCUCAACAAUGAAACAAGCUUCGGCAUGCACGAUCCGACAAGCUCUUCCAUAGUCAUGAACAACCAACCUCACUUGUGGCCACCUGUCACAUAUAGUCAACAAGAAAAUCAACAACCAAUGUGGAGUGAGCAUCAGAUGUUGGGGUCUACUACAGUUGUAAUGGGCGACAUGAGAAAUUCCGCUCCACCAAGUCAAUAAGCAUUGACUUGUUUUCUUCUUGUCAAUAUAUGAAUAAGAUGUAGUCGAUCAUAGGUUUGGGAGAUGUUUUGUAAGCUAUAAAUUAAGGUAAGUGUAUAAACAAAUUUCCCUCCAAAAGAUGGCAACGCAAUAAGUUGAAGGCAGUAUCGCUAAAGUUCUUGUUUGGGAAGCCAAUAACUAUGUUUGUAAAAAACAAUGUAUUCCGCCCUAUAUAUGUACCAUUAUAUUAACAUGCUGUUUUUUUCA